GCUCGCGCCCUCCAGUCGCGGUUAACGGGCGUGCUGUUGCCAAGAGAGACGCGCGUGAAGUGUGCAGCGUGCUGCUUUUACACGGGAUCGUCCCCGCCAUUUCCUCGAGCCGAGCCCUGGAAUGUCGAACAGUGGCUCGGGCUCUUCCUCGCGGAAGGAGUUCGAUGUGAAACAGAUCCUCCGGAUCCGAUGGAGGUGGUUCGGUCACCCCGCGGUUCCUCCGCCUCACUCUCCGCCACUCGGAGACUACUUCAGCGCGAGGAGAACGGCAGGCAGUCCGGCGGACGGUCCCUCUGUUAGCGGCUGCAGCAACUUAAAUUCAGCCCGUGCUAACCAGAGCUCCGGCUGUCACGGCGGACUAGUGGCAAGCGGCAGCGCCGGGUCUAACCUGUGUAACGGUACCGGCAGAAAGUUUGGUGAUCCUUUGGGGAGUCGGGGAGGUCCGGCUGGAGCGACAGCUGGAGCCACGGGGAACUCCUGUACCCGAUCCCUCAGCCAGCCUGAGUGCAGGAGCUCCGCCGCGGCGCUCUCCUGGAUUUCUCCGCCGCCUCGUCGCCGUGCGCGUCCGGUGACAAAUAUGGAGCCCCCUGGUGAGGCCCCGGUGCCCCAGGUGGUAGUUGAUCCGUCCGCUCCUGCCGGGAUGGAGGAGGUGGCUGCGGGAGCGGCGGGGACAGAGGAGAGCAACCAUCCGGAAACUGACUCCAGCUCCUGCAGGACAUCUAACAGCAGCGCAACCCUGUCCUCAUGCGUGUCCAUGGAGCCAUGCGCCUGUCCAGAGGAGUCCUUAUUUACUGCUAUGUCUCAUGCUGAUGUCACUUUCCGCAAGAUGGAGGGCUACCUGAGGAGCAGGCAGCUAUGUGAUGUCAUUCUGGUGGCUGGAGAAAGGCGGAUACCUGCACACAGACUAGUGCUGUCGUCUGUUUCUGACUACUUUGCGGCCAUGUUCACCAGCGAUGUACGUGAGGCCAAACAGGACGAGGUGAAGAUGGAGGGAGUGGACCCUGAGGCGCUGUGGGUCCUGGUUCAGUACGCAUACACAGGUCGCCUGGAGCUGAAGGAGGACACCAUCGAGUCUUUGUUGUCGGCCUCCUGCCUGCUGCAGCUGUCGUCGGUGGUUGAAGCUUGCUGCUCCUUUCUCGUGAAGCAGCUCCACCCCUCUAACUGUCUCGGCAUCCGUUCCUACGCCGACGCCCAGGGCUGCCAUGACCUGCAGAGGGCCGCUGACUAUUACACCAUGGAGCACUUUCUAGAGGUAGUGGGAGGCCAGGAGUUCCUUGUACUCCCCGUAGAGGAGAUGGAAAGGCUGCUGACAUCUGAUGACAUCCAAGUGCCAGAUGAGGAAACCGUGGUGACCUCUCUGCUGAGCUGGGUCAGUCAUGAUCCUGCCACUCGGCAGCGCCACCUACCAUCCCUGCUGGCUCACAUCAGACUACCUCUGUUACAACCACAGUUCUUGGCUGACCUGGAGUCCAACCCCCUCCUCCGUGACAGCGUGGAGUGUCAGCGACUCCUGAUGGAGGGGAUGAAGUAUCACCUCCUGCCACAGCGCCGGCCACUGCUUCAGAGUCCUCGCACCCGGCCCCGGAAGGCUACAGUUGGGGCCAUGUUUGCCGUGGGCGGUAUGGACGCCUCGAAAGGAGCCACCAGUAUCGAGCAGUACUGCCUGCGCCGGGACACGUGGAGACAGGUGGCCACCAUGAGCGGAAGGAGACUGCAGUUUGGGGUUGCUGUCCUCGAUGGCCGUCUGUACGUGGUCGGAGGCCGAGAUGGACUCAAGACCCUCAACACAGUGGAGUGUUACAAUCCGCACAGCAAAACCUGGAGCGUCAUGCCUCCCAUGUCCACACAUCGGCACGGCCUGGGUGUAGCUGUCCUAGAGGGACCUAUGUAUGCAGUAGGAGGACAUGACGGCUGGAGCUACCUCAGCACAGUGGAAAGGUGGGACCCUCAAGCUCGCCAGUGGAGUUUCGUUGCAAGCAUGGCUACACCCAGAAGCACAGUGGGAGUAGCCGUUCUCAAUGGAAAGCUGUACGCUGUAGGAGGUCGUGACGGCUCGUCCUGCCUGCGAUCAGUGGAGUGCUUCGACCCCCACACUAACAGGUGGACUAGUUGUGCUCCAAUGGCUAAAAGGCGUGGAGGAGUGGGGGUUGCCACCUGGCACGGUUUCCUAUAUGCCAUUGGUGGUCAUGACGCCCCGGCAUCAUCCCUUGCAUCUCGAUUAAGUGACUGCGUGGAAAGAUACGAUCCUCAGACGGAUGUUUGGACCACGGUGGCCCCCAUGAGCAUCAGCAGGGAUGCCGUUGGUGUUUGUCUCCUCGGGGACCGUCUUUAUGCUGUGGGCGGCUAUGACGGACAGGUGUACCUAAAUACUGUUGAAGCCUACGACCCUCAGACCAAUGAGUGGACCCAGGUUGCCCCUCUGUGCCUGGGCAGGGCAGGGGCCUGUGUGGUGGCCGUCAGACUGUGACAUCUAGGACGACUGUCUGCCUAUGACCUGAGAUUGAACCGUACCUGCUGCUGAGGAGACAUCGAGUGAAGCAGCUGUCUUCAUUAAGGAAAGAAAGGAUGGUUUCUGGGCCCUCUCUAGGGGUCCGUUUUACAAAGCAGCAUAACAGAAAAUUCUAAGUUUUCUAAAAUAAGGGAAACUCUGGGUUUUCCGUUUCACAAAGAGUUUAGUCAACCUCUGUUUCCUCUAUCUCCGCUCUCCUUACAGCCAAUCACGUUGUUUUAUUUCCUGAUUUAGUCAGGAGAUUUUUGGUCAUAGGUUUGUGCAUAAAAAUAUAAAUAAAUAAUUCCCUAGGUCAGUUACACAGGUUAGCUUUAUAAAACAAACAUUGCACGUCCGUUUGACAAGGAUCUUAUUAAAGACUGAUCUGCAUUUUUUUCCAGAGAACUAAAUACUUAUAGAGGAUUCUACAACUCAGUUGGCAGGAUAUGAAAUUUAUGUUAUGGUUUGUUUAAUAUGAGCGACAUGUAGAUUAUCUUAUUUUUAUUUAUUUAUUUUUACAGUACACAAACAAUUAUUCAAAUUGUUUUCAGAUUAUGCAUAAAAAAAUGUAUUAAUCUCACUGGGGGAAAAGGAAUUACCUUAGGAUUCAUUUUGUGUUAGGUUGCCUUAACAACCUAAUGAGUCCACUGGAACAAUCUGAUGCCAUUCUGUGGGACUGAAAACCGCUAUUAACAACCAUUUAUUGGUAUGAUAACAUCCAAAGCGGCCAAAACAGCGACUUAGUAUUUACUGUGUAAAAGAAGACAGAAUCAAACCAUGUAGAACCAUUGAGACGAUGAACAGGCUCUAUCUAUUAGAACGUUUUUUAUCCUUAAUCUUCACCUUCUGCCAGAUGAUUUCACCUAAAUAGACACAUUGAUCUGCUGCUAUUCAAGAAAUAAACCCUAAAUGUUAUCGUGAUCACAAUACGCUAUUGCAAGCAGUUUUGAUAUGUAUUCAUUUUACUGAACAUCAAUUCCUGAAAUUUAGAAAAAGAAAAAAAAAACAUUUCCUCGUCAAAAGGACCAUUUUAAACAAAAUGACUUUUCUUCAUAUCUAGAACAAACAUUCUGGAUGUUUAGAUAUCAAUUUCAGAUCUAUAUUCCUAUUGUUACGGGUCAGUAUUUGUAUCAUUUUGAGUUUGAAGAAAUGUAUUUUAAAUAUUAUAAAUACAUAUUCAAUCAAGCUGGUAUAUUGGAGCAGCUAAAUCCCUACGACGAUCUUUCCUUCGUCAAAUGACGAAAAACGAACUAUGUCCAUCGUUUUACUAAUUGCGUUUCCAUAAAUAUAUAAAUCUGACAUAAUCUAAACCAAACACAGUAGAAAACUGUUGCCUCCUGAUUAAAAACACCUGAACAGAAUCAUGGUUAACCUAACAUAACCCCAUCAAACAAUCAGACCUCAAAAUGAAAUACGACCCCUGGUGGCGAUAAACACAGGAAAGGAAAAAUGACUCCUACAGUUUAUGAAACUUAAUUUUUACUGGUAUAAUUUUUUUUUUUUUUGCUUUCUGAAAUUCCAUUUCUGCCUCAAAAAUGUAAUUUAAAAAUAUAUUAUUACAGUUUAGUCUAGGAGUUUUGAUUUUGUUCAGGAAGUACUUAUUUUAGUGGUCUCCAACUGGAAUAACAGAGAGCAAAGCACUCUCGCUUUGUAUAAAUGUAAAAACAGCCUGCUAUAGCCCACUUCAUACAAACCUACGCAUUAAUUUGAGCAACAACCUUCAC